GAAUCCUGGCUCUAAUCUUGACCAAUUAAGCCCACGAAAAGUUUUUCACUCUGAGGGCUCAUCAGUUCAGCGCAGUCAUGGCUGUCCACUGGGGCGGAGUCGCAGGGAUGGUCUUCUUCUACUUGGUCAUCCUCGGUGUGGGCCUAUGGGCCUCGAGGAAAACAAAGGGUGGUGGCAACACCGAACGUGUGAUGGUGGGAAACCGGGACUUCGGCUGGUUUGUGGGCCUGUUUACGCUGAUUGCCACAUGGGUGGGAGGAGGUUACAUCAAUGGGACAGCCGAAGUAGUGUUCACCCCAGGGUGGGGUCUUGUUUGGGCCCAGGCACCGUGGGGCUACAGCCUUAGUUUCAUCAUAAAUGGGAUUUUCUUUGCUAAGCCGAUGAGGGCAGCAAAUUACGUCACAAUGAUCGACCCAUUUCAAGAGAAGUUCGGUAAUCGAAUGGGAGGGAUCAUCUUUUUAUCUGCCAUCACAGGGGAACUUCUUUGGUGUGCCGCCAUAUUAGCUGCUUUAGGAUCAACUAUAAGUGUUAUCCUGGAGCUAGAUCAGAACCUAUCUGUUAUCAUCUCAGCGUGUAUCGCAGCUUUUUACACACUCUUUGGCGGGCUUUUUUCUGUGGCUUAUACCGAUAUAGUUCAACUAGCUUGUAUUUUUAUUGGUUUGUGGUUCUGUGUACCAUUUGCUCUCACAAAUGAAGCAGUGGCGCCCCUGUCUGAGACCUCAGACAAUUGGAUCGGGGAGUGGGACAACAAAUUCAUUGGGCAAUGGUUCGACAGCUGUUUCCUCCUUAUCUUUGGAGGAGUUCCCUGGCAGGCCUACUACCAAAGGGCUCUAUCGGCAAAGACCCCCGAGCUUGCCCAAAAUCUCUCCAUCGUUGCUGCAUUUGGAUGCCUCGUCCUUAGUAUACCUGCAUAUGUUCUGGGGGCUGUUGGAGCAAGCACAGACUGGAAUAUGACGAACAUACCUCUGAACAAAACCGAUCCAUACGAAAAUCCAGGGAUCGUUCUCCCGGCCGUUAUCCAGUACCUCACCCCUCCGGUUGUCGCCUUCCUCGGACUAGGGGCGAUCUCCGCCGCGGUGAUGUCGUCCACCGAUUCGUCCGUGCUCGCAUCCAGCUCCAUGUUUGUGAGAAACGUCUACAAGAAUAUCAUCAGACCAAGGGCCUCAGAGCGAGAAAUGAUGUGGGCGCUACGUGCCUCCGUGAUCGUCGUUGCAACCAUUGCCACCGUCAUGGCCUUGACGGUAAAGUCCAUCUACGUCCUCUUCGUACUGUGCUCUGAUUUCGUCUACGUCGUGCUCUUCCCGCAGUUCGUGUGCGUUAUACACGUCCGGAAAUCCAACACCUACGGCUCGGCCCUUGGCUUCACACUCGGACUUCUUCUGCGGCUACUUGGUGGAGAACCCGCGCUUAGUAUACCAUACAUCAUCCACUACCCUUACUUCCGCGAGAACUUCGGGCAGCUUUUCCCUUUUCGAACCUUCGCCUGUUUGGUAUCGUUUGUCACCAUCGUCAGUGUCUCGUACGCCACAGACUUCCUAUUCACUCGAGGCCACAUACCCCCUCGUUACGAUGUCUUCAGAUGCGUAGUCAAUAAGGACUACAAGGAGUAUGUCCGACCCGGUGAUGAGGUCAAUAGUCACGGGGUACAAGCUUUCGAGAUCACGGAUCGUAAAGACACUUAGACAUUGAUAUGUCAUUCAUUAAUCUGUAUGGCUCAUUCAUAUCACGUUAAAUGAAACCACGAAAUACAUAGCAGCAAAGGUGAUAAAAAAUAAUAAACUGGCGGUGGGGUACUACGUUAUUAUACGCUAAUUUCCUCCAUUUUCAGAAAAGGAUAAUGACAAAAGCUUUAACAAUCUUGAUUAUCUACAAAAACCUCGAUUUGUAUCCCCAACCCCUGCGCUAUAAAUUGUAGAUUUUAUUAAAAAACACAAUGGGCCUUCUGCAUUAAAACUUACUCAAUUUUUUAAUCAUUC